UGUCUCCUCUCACUUCAGUGCAGUUCUUGUUUUUCCCUCUCAAGAUGUCGUGGUAUCGGGUCUUGGUGCUCUCUCUGCUCUCCAUCCUCGUCCUCCUCACCUUUUCCAGUGUCGUGGAAAGUGCAGCAGUGCGGGACGAUCCUAAAGGUGCAGCGCGGCAGGUGUUCAUGCCAGAGUCUGACGCGUCCAACUUCUUCAAACGUCGCAGUCGCCGCUCAACGCGAUACUAUGAGCUCCAAGCCGAGCAGAAGGUGAAGAUUUCUGCGAGCGAAUGGAGGCGGGAGUACAAUGAGGAGCAAAAGGACGAGUACGAGAACUAUUUGGAGGAGGAGCGUGAUGAGCAAAAUGAGAGAACGAGGGAGACGAAUGAGCAGAUGCGAGAGUAUCACUACGACGGCCUUUCCCCUCGCUACUACUGGUUCCACUGAAAGCACCAUGUCUGUUGCAUGGAGGGCCUAAUACUGCAUCACCUGUACCAGAACAUACUGCAUCACCUGGACCAGAACAUACUGCAUCACCUGGACCAGAACACACUGCAUCACCUGGACCAGAACACACUGCAUCACCUGUAACAGAACAUACUGCAUCAACUGUACCAGAACAUACUGCAUCAACUGUACCAGAACAUACUGCAUCAACUGUACCAGAACAUACUGCAUCACCUGGACCAGAACAUACUGCAUCACCUGUAACAGAACAUACUGCAUCACCAGUACCAGAACAUACUGUAUCACCGGUACCAGAACAUACUACAUCACCUGGACCAGAACAUACUGCAUCACCUGGACCAGAACAUACUGAGAAAGUUGUGUCCAGUUUUUUCCUACAUUAAUUAACAAAAUAAAAGGUUUUCUUUGCUUUUUAUUCGAAUGAAACCUAAAUUGUGCAAUCUGCAUAUCUCCCUGUCAAACUGCAACAUGUAUAACAAGUGCAGUUUUUGUAUUGUAAGCCAAAGUUAAAUCAUAUUAAAUGAGGUUAUAUGUUGUGCAUGCUUGUUUUUACAUGUAAACUAUACAAUACCCCGUCUUUAUUUCAGUCUGUGGCAUUAGCAGCAAUAAAUUACUAGUAUUUUAACAGCGGACUUUGAUUGUAGCUAUAUUUUGCAAAGAGUCAAAAUGACAAAGCAGUUUCCUGAUUCUGAGAGCACUGAUGUGUUUAGCUGAGCAGAGCACUGUCUGGUAUGUGGAG